AUGACCCCCUGGUUUUUCGCUUCGCCGGCGGUUGGGUCCGCGACAAGCUCUUGGGCUCCCAAGCGCGGACAUCGACGUGGAGAUAAAUAGUAUGACUGGGUACGGUUUCGUGAUUCGAAUGUCCGAGUAUCAUACAUCAGCGCAAAUACGGAGAAGUGCGGGAUCGACUCAGGACGUGUGAGCAAGGUCGAGAGCAACCCCGCCAAGUCCAAGCAUCUGGAGACUGCUCGUAUAAAUAUUCUCGAAUUGGAGAUCGGUUUUGUUAAUCUGAGGAGUGAGUUGUAUUUUGGAGAUGGCCGGAUUCCACAUGUAGUUUGUUUCACUUUACCCUUUCUUAACCCUUUCACGGCAGGGCAUUGACCUGAUGGCUUUUGCAAUUCGGAACCCGCUCUCCGCCGCGUCUGUACUAUCAACACCUUAUUUUGCAACCUGCACACUGAACAAGUGGAGGAUUUCACGGGCCUCGGCCUGCAGGACUUGGCCGACCGCUUAAUCCGCACCCCACUACCCCCAAAGGAAACCUUCGCCGAUGACCCCCUCCGCGUCCUCCACCUAAUUUGCUUUGCCUCACGGCUUGUCUUUACCAUAGUUCCUAAAGCCAAGGCCGCCAUGAAACUACCGGAAAUCAAGGCAUGUAACUUCUCCUCACAGACACAGAUUAUCACUCGUAACAACUAA